AUGUCUGACGACUGCUGCGUAAGUUAAAAGAGUAAUACCAUUUUCAGUGUUUCCGGAAACUUCAGCGCAUCGCCCUAACCCAGCGACACAAAAGCCGUUCACUAAGUGAACGUUUCGAACUACGACAAACGGAGGUUAUUACUAGUAUUAUGCUGUAUUUAAAUAAGGUCUACAUGUGUUUCCUUGUUGGAUGUUCAUUAAGUCUUAUUCCUACUGUGAGAUUGGCAUUUUGGCCUGCGACCAAAAACUGGAAACGGCUUUUCAGGCUUGCAAUCUUGGUAAGUCGAAUCCCUUUCCAAUAUUCAGUUUUAGUAUAUGCAGUGCGGCGUUGGUGCUUACAAUACGGUGACCACAGUCUACACGUUUAGAAAGAUGAAGUUAAUGUUCAGAACGGCUCCAUUGGAUGCCAACCCGACGUCAAGAAAAGGUCACGUUGAUCAAUAUUUUUUAAAGUUGCAAAACGAUUGGAAAAUUGGUGUGAACAAAGGUUGA